GUGGGGAGGGUGGUGGAGGAGUGUAGGGGGUUUGAGGGGUGUCCCGGGCGGCAGAGUGCUGUUGCGAAGGUUUUGAGUUCAUCGCGGCUAUUCACGAAGAACGGGAUUCGCACAAUGGUGUCCCUUUUCCGACAGAGUCCAGACACGACCAUAUCGCGAUUAGCGGUGAUGGUGGAUGAAGACACUAUCAAUGGGAUUGUUCAUCAGCUUACUCUCGACGUUGGGCAGAAGGCCGGGAGUCAAGGUACCGCUACUCACUGCUUAUGAAAUGUGCGAUUGUACCAGGCUCUACCUUACUACCAUUCCCAGUCCGAACCCACCUCGAGACCAUCAACGAACCCACAGAUCCAGCUAUCACCUCGUCACAGGCCCUCGCAGACGCCAUAGCCAACCUCUCUUCGUACGCCGCAAAACUGAACGAAGCCUACAAAACCGAGAUGCUACCCCGGGCGCGAAUGAUCUUAACGGAAGCGGACGCGUCGAUUGAGAUUCAUCGGCAGGUUGCGCAGUUGCGGCAGGACAGGUUUGUGGAAUUUAAGGGAUAGAGUUCAACGGUGAGGUGUGGUAUUGAUGGCUUGAUUUUGCAGAGAGCGGUUUCGGGAGGUUA